GGGCCUCGGCCAUGUUCGCGGGGCUGCAGGACCUGGGCGUGGCCAACGGCGAGGACUUGAAGGAGACGCUGACGAACUGCACGGAGCCGCUCAAGGCCAUUGAGCAGUUCCAGCUGUUGCAGCUGCGGGGGACACUCUCGAACGUGCCUCCUGUGCACUCAGACUUGGCUGCAGCUGAAAUCGACCGCUUUCUGCCUCUCUGCCGCCUCAGACCGAGAAUGGCGUGCUCCUGCCGUCCUUGCAGUCUGCCCUGCCCUUCCUGGACCUGCAUGGGACGCCCCGGCUGGAGUUCCACCAAUCGGUGUUUGACGAACUGCGGGACAAGCUGCUAGAGAGAGUGUCUGCCAUUGCCUCAGAGGGGAAGGCUGAGGAAAGGUACAAGAAGCUGGAGGACCUCCUGGAGAAGAGCUUCUCUCUGGUGAAGAUGCCAUCCCUGCAGCCUGUGGUGAUGUGCGUUAUGAAACACUUGCCCAAGGUGCCUGAGAAGAAGCUGAAGCUGGUGAUGGCCGACAAGGAGCUGUACCGAGCCUGCGCGGUGGAGGUGAAGCGGCAGAUCUGGCAGGACAACCAGGCACUCUUUGGGGACGAGGUCUCCCCACUGCUGAAGCAGUACAUCCUGGAGAAGGAAGCUGCGCUCUUCAGCACCGAGCUGUCCGUUCUGCACAACUUUUUCAGCCCCUCACCUAAGACGAGGCGCCAGGGCGAGGUAGUGCAGAAGCUAACGCAGAUGGUGGGGAAGAAGGUGAAGCUGUACGACAUGGUACUGCAGUUCCUGCGUACGCUCUUCCUGCGCACACGCAACGUGCACUACUGCACGCUGAGGGCCGAGCUGCUCAUGUCCCUGCAUGACCUGGACGUUAGUGACAUCUGCACCGUGGACCCCUGCCACAAGUUCACCUGGUGCCUGGACGCCUGCAUCCGGGAGCGGUUCGUGGACAGCAAGCGGGCACGUGAGCUGCAGGGCUUUCUUGACGGAGUGAAGAAGGGGCAGGAGCAAGUCCUGGGGGACUUGUCCAUGAUCCUAUGUGACCCCUUCGCCAUCAACACACUUGCGCUGAGCACCAUCAGGCACCUGCAGGAACUGGUGGGCCAGGAGAUGCUGCCUAGGGACAGCCCCGACCUGCUCCUCCUGCUCAGGCUCCUGUCCCUGGGGCAGGGCGCCUGGGACAUGAUCGACAGCCAGGUCUUCAAGGAGCCCAAGAUGGAAGUGGAGCUCAUCACCAGGUUCCUGCCAACACUCAUGUCUUUUGUGGUGGAUGACCAUACCUUCAACGUGGACCAGAAGCUUCCUGCUGAAGAGAAGGCCCCAGUCACCUAUCCAAACACACUUCCAGAAAGCUUUACCAAGUUCCUUCAAGAGCAGCGCAUGGCCUGUGAGGUGGGGCUCUACUAUGUGCUGCACAUCGCCAAGCAGAGGAACAAGAGUGCGCUGCUGCGUCUGCUGCCCGGCCUGGUGGAGACCUUCGGGGAUCUGGCCUUCAGCGACAUCUUCCUGCACCUGCUCACCGGGAACCUGGCAUUGCUGGCCGACGAGUUCGCACUGGAGGACUUUUGCACGAGCCUAUUUGAUGGCUUCCUCCUUACAGCCUCAUCAAGGAAGGAGAAUGUGCACCGGCAUGUGCUGCGGCUCCUGAUCCAUUUGCACCACCGGGUGACACCAGCCAGGCUAGAGGCGCUGCAGCGGGCCCUCGAGCCCACAGGCCAGAGCGGGGAGGCUGUGAAGGAGCUGUACACGCAGCUCGGCCAGAAGCUGGAACAGCUGGACCACCUGAAGCCCAGCCCGGCCCCAGCAGCUGAAACGCCCACCCUGGAGCUGCCCCUGCCCCCCGUGCCUUCCCCAGCUGUACAGUGAGCCCCAUCAGACACACCCUGCAACCCGUGAAGGCAGUGGUGCUGCACCCAGCACCGGGUGGAUGUGGCCCGUGCAGGACAAGCAGCUCAGCUGAAGGCUGUGUCCAUGGCCUCCUGUCCACCGUCCACACAGGACCCACCACUCUGUGCCGGGCUGCUGGGUUCUGGGGGUUUGGGCAGCACCCACGGGAGGGUCCUGCCCUGCCCGCCCCUAGAGCUGUGACCGGCUGCACACUUGGUGCCCGGCAUGCUCUGGCGUGUUUUCCAACCACAGAAAGCAUGAUGUCGAGCUGCCUUGUAGGUUUUUACUGUCGCAGCAAAGAUGGACCAGACUUCGGUUAGGAACCUGGUCUCCACAUGGGGGGAGGGGGUUGAGGACCUGGUGAACCACCUCAGUGUUUGAGGGGUGGGGCCUGGCCACAUUUGGUGUCUGCAGAGUUGGACUUGGGGCCUGUCCGUAUCACUUGUCGCCGCCUGGAACCCCUGAGAACAGGGCUGAUUUUGCUGCAGUACAGUGGCAGAGGCUGCGUUGGGCCCCAAGGCCCGGCCUGUGUGCACAGGGUCCUGGCUGGUGGGGGGUUUGCAGACAGCCCCAGGAGAGCCAGGUCCCCACAUGGGUCUCCAUGCCCAGGUGCACCAUCUGCUGUAGGGGUGAGGGGAGACUCACUAUGGGAAUAAAAGGCAUUUUCAUGAGAUGA